AGGGAGGUGUGGAGGUGGGGAGGAGGGGAGGGCCGGCCGGGGGAGGGAAGGAGGGAAAGGGACACCUUUAAAAGUUGAGCGGGGGAACAAAGUGGGGGAUGUUGCCAAAAAAAAGGGCCCUGCGCUCCGGCUCGCUGGUGACUUCCCUCUCCCUCCCCUCCCUCCCGCCGUGCACACCACACCACACACGCACACUUGUAUUUUGCGCUGUCGUAAAACCCACGUGUCUGGCCCGGAGUCUGCCAGAGCCGAGCGAGCAGCCCGGGCGCGCCUGCCAUGCACAGCCACGGCAGAGGGAGCCCGGCGGCUCGCCUCUAGCCGGCCUCCGGCCCCCGGCACCUGGAAGCAGCAGGACAUCCCUCUGCCCCGCCGGCAGACCACGGAAAAAAAAAAAAUCCCUUCUGCCCCCCCAAAAUCCCUCCCAAGGCUCCCGGGACCGCGCCGCAGCCCGCUCCCAAGCACCCCGCUCAGGCAGGCAGCGCGAUGCUGAAGCCCGGCGAGCCCGGCGGCUCGGCGUUCCUCAAGGUGGAUCCCGCCUAUCUGCAGCACUGGCAGCAGCUCUUCCCGCAGAGCGGCCAGCUCAAGAGCGCCGGGGCCCUCGCCCAGCUCCAGCCGCCCGAGAGAGCCGAGCCCCCGGCUGACAGCCUCCGCCAGCGCCCGGCCUCCCUCUCCUCCGCCUCCUCCUCCUCUUCCUCAUCCACCCCGUCUUCCUCCUCCACCUCCUCCUGCGGCGCCGCCGCCGCCGCGUCCCUGGCCGGCCUGAGCGCCCUGCCCGUCGCCCAGCUGCCGGUCUUCGCUCCGCUGCAGAGCUCCGAGCCCCCGGCCGGGGGAGCGCCCGCUCCCCUGCAGGGCAAGGACUUGUGCGGGGCCGGCGGCACCAAGUGCGGCGAGCGCCCGGCAGCCCGGUUCCGCUGCACGGCCGAGGAGCUGGACUACUACCUGUACGGGCAGCAGCGCAUGGAGAUCAUCCCCCUCAACCAGCACACCAGCGACCCCAACAACCGGUGUGACAUGUGCGCCGAUAACCGCAAUGGCGAGUGCCCCAUGCACGGGCCCCUCCACUCCCUGCGGCGCCUGGUGGGCACCAGCAGUGCUGCGGCGGCGGCUCCUCCACCCGAGAUCCCCGAGUGGCUGCGGGACCUGCCGCGGGAGGUGUGCCUGUGCACCAGCACAGUGCCCGGCCUGGCCUACGGCAUCUGUGCAGCGCAGAGGAUCCAGCAGGGCACCUGGAUCGGGCCCUUCCAGGGAGUCCUGCUCCUGCCGGAGAAGGUCCAAGCGGGAGCCAUCAGGAACACUCAGCAUCUCUGGGAAAUAUAUGACCAAGAUGGGACACUGCAGCACUUUAUUGAUGGUGGAGAACCCAGUAAGUCAAGCUGGAUGAGGUACAUCCGAUGUGCAAGGCACUGCGGGGAACAGAACUUAACAGUGGUUCAGUACAGGUCAAAUAUAUUCUACCGGGCUUGUAUAGAUAUCCCACGAGGUACAGAGCUAUUGGUGUGGUACAAUGACAGCUACACAUCUUUCUUUGGAAUCCCUCUCCAGUGCAUUGCACAAGAUGAAAAUUUGAAUGUCCCUUCGACUGUAAUGGAGGCCAUGUCCAGACAAGACACACUACAGCCAUUUAAUAAAAGUAGCAAACUAUCCCCUGCCACUCCACAGCGAUCCGUAGUAUUUCCACAGACUCCGUGUAGCAGAAAUUUUUCUCUCCUGGAUAAGUCUGGGUCCAUCGAGUCAGGAUUUAACCAGAUCAGUGUCAAAAACCAACGAGUUCUUGCAAGCCCAACUUCAACAAGCCAACUAAAUUCUGAGUUCAGUGACUGGCAUCUUUGGAAAUGUGGGCAAUGCUUUAAGACUUUCACCCAGCGGAUCCUCUUACAGAUGCAUGUGUGUACGCAGAACCCUGACAGGCCCUACCAGUGCGGCCACUGCUCCCAGUCUUUCUCGCAGCCAUCGGAGCUGAGGAACCACGUCGUUACGCACUCCAGUGACAGGCCUUUCAAGUGUGGCUACUGCGGCCGGGCCUUUGCUGGUGCUACAACACUCAACAACCACAUCCGGACACACACUGGGGAAAAGCCCUUCAAGUGCGAGAGGUGUGAGAGGAGCUUCACACAAGCCACCCAGCUGAGUCGACACCAGAGGAUGCCCAAUGAGUGCAAGCCAAUAACAGAGAGCACAGAAUCAAUUGAAGUGGAUUAACUGAUUGACUGGUUGGAAUUAAACUGCAAGGAAAGUCAUGAUUAAAUGUCAUGGACACUUAAGCAAAACCAAAGAUUUCCUCUGAGCAACUUUCAAUCAGUCCCAGAAAACCAAAAGCAGUAAUAAAAUAAGUAAGAUGUUAAGAGAUAUUGAUCCUGGCGUGAAAGUGAGACCAGGAAAGAGAUUAUUUAUUUAUGACUGGGGAUGAGUCUUAUUUCAAUUGACAAGUUACUUGGGACUGUUAACAUUUCAAGUCCCACCAUGUAUUGCUUUAAUUCCAAAAGCCUUUAUAAUUGUUAUUUAAUACCAAAGUGAAGAAUCUCAAGGGUUCUUCUGCCCAUAGUUAUGACUGAGAAUGCACAUGGACUUGUUUAUCGUUGCACCUUUUUUGUAGCAUGAUUCAAAGGACCCAGAUGUAAUCCUUAGAUUUGGCUGGGCUGGGCUAAGUUGAUCUUGACACAGCUAUAAUAGAAAUCAGUGUGUGGGUUGGGAAGUUAUCAAGUGCUAUAUCUGGGUCAGUGUCAGCCUCCUCAGGCCAAAGGGCAUUUCAUUUCCAUAGUCUCAUGCCUCACACUGUGUGCACUUUUUCAUACAAGUAGUUUCAUUCAACAACAUUGCAUUGGUACAGAUAUUCUUGAGGCAGUGGGUGGGGGGUGGGUGGGGAAAUAAAGGAAUGUUGUAUAUCUGCAAAUAUACAUUAUGUAAAGAAGCCAGUAGUAAAACUAUGUUAAACUAACACAGCUCUCAAAUUCAAUCUAAUGGGUUUGAAAGAGAGUCUACUAGCAAAUUGUAUUAUGAGGAGCAAAAUAGCAAGGUAAUGUUUAUAAAUUUGGGUGAUUGAUUUAAUUUCUUGCUUGUCUUUAGAAAACCUAAUCAGAAAUCCAAGCUAUCAUCCAUUGAUAUUUUUAUUCUGUUGGCUUGGGUCAAACUGAAAAUGCUCCUGUAUUAGGUGAAACUUUCAACAUUCUUGGGCUGAGCUUCAAAACAAAAACUAAAUCUGAACUCAGAUACCUUGUAAAAAUCUUGGAGGCUUCAUAGUAUUCACUUUCAUGGAGAUUUGCCUGGUGCUGUUGUGAAUAAAAGGAAGCCAAAAUACUCCAGACAUUAAAGAAAAGAGCUCAGAUCUUGUUACAUUCGUUGAAUUUAGCAAUUUUCAGUUACAAUGGCUUUUUUCAAGCUUUUAUCCGUGAUUUACUUCAGAUUUCAUGAUUUUGUCUAAUGAAAGAAUGUUUUUCACUUUUAGAGACCAGCAGUGUUUAUAUAUUGAUUGUCUCAGCACUAGAGAUGUAGUUUGAUAAAAAUGCAAAAUACCAAAAAAAAAAAAAAAAAAAGAAAAAAGAAAAAAAGAAAAAAAAGGCAAACUGUUCUGAGGUCAUGUUAUGUCAUGAGGUAAACUGCAAAAUAAAUUUGGCGAGAUUAUAGGAAGUAAAUCAGAUUAGUUCACUUUUACACCAAUACUAAGGUGCUGGGUGACUCAUAAGGGCUCAGUUCAUUAUAUCAGAUAUUUUUAAAACGUUUAAGGGGAGGAUUUUAAAUAUAUAGAAAAUUAAGAAUUCAGUUCUGUAAAAGGCUAGACAGAAUCAGCUACAAAUUUAAUCACACAUUCAGACUAUUUAUGAAUUUUGCAAAGAGCUCAAGCAGAAAAAAGAGCAUAUAGUAAAAUUCAAAUACAUUAAAAAUGAAUUUAAAAUCUAAGGCAUCCUUACUUCAGGAUGUUCUUUUAUUAUGUUGCAUAAAUUACAUUGCAGACUCUGAAGUUUCCAAAGGUUUACAGGGAAUAACUUCAGGAGUUACUGCUUUUGUGUUUGGCCAUUAAAAAUGUAAAAACACUGUGAAAAAAAAAAAGUGAUUUUUAUUAUUGGUCUAUCAAGUACCAGAUUAUCUUAUGAAGAGGCUUUUGCCUUGUGAGUUUUUCAGCGCUGUUACUCAGUGGAGUGAUAUGGGGAUUAAACAAUUCAGCCUGAUUUUAUCCUCCAAGCUAUGAUAAAUUCUUAGCAACUAUAUAAAUGUGUUGCUUUUUGUUUUUGUUUUCUGUGUUGUGUUUUUUUUUUCUUUGUUUGGUGUAUGUUUGUGUGUGUGUGUGUGUGUGUGUGUGUUUUUCUUUUAGGUACAAGGAAGCAUGGGAACCUGGGUAGGAAGAAUGGUAACUCAAAGGUGACUAUUUGGACAUCAUUAUGUUCCUAGCAAGGCUAAAAAAAAAUGGGAAAAAGAACACCUACAACCUGAUCCACAGCCUUUCAAACCCUAUCUCUUGGUAAUUCACACCUUCCCUUAUUUUAAAGACUUAAUGUAAAGAAACAUCUUGGUGUGUCACCAGGUUUUAGUUAACAUUUGAGCAGUAGCUAUGGAUCAUUGCUGCAAGCUGAGAUGUUCCCACCAAAACAAACAAACAAACAAACAAACAAACAAACAAAAAAACACAGCUGAAAAAGAGUAGGUGGGAAAAGAGAUAUGUCAUGCUCUGAAAAGCAGAAGCGAGCUGUGUGUUAGGUCACUGACUUGUGCUGUUGCGAUAUCUAAAUGUGCUCUCCUGUUCAGGUGGUUAGUGGUAGUGCAAACCACUCAGCAUCUUGCAGAGAGGGACUUAUAUUUGAAUCUGUAAUGCAAAUUGCACGUAAAUAUGUGCUUACUGAUAUGCCAAGUUCCCCGCUGAAUACAGAUAGGCUUAUUCAUAUGUUUCAAAUUAAGCAUGUGUCUAAGUGUUCUCCUGAAUGGGCGUGAAAUAAAGAUCAAUUGUUUCAAGAUUUUAUUAGAUUUCUUUAUUUUCUUUUCUUUUCCUUUUUUUUUUUUUUUUUUUUUUUUUUUUUUUAAGCAUCAAAGUGGGAUUUCUGCAGAACUUACAUUUUCUUCCAAAUAAUUCUUUCUUGUGUAAGUCACUAUGUUGUGCCAGAUUCCUAAGCACAAUUUCAGUUUUUUCAUUAUUUUAUAUAUGGCACUUUCAUAGCAGAGAUGGCAGCAUACAAAAGCAAUUUAGUGAAAACCCAUGAUUUUAGAGUAGGUUUUUCUCAAGUAAAACAUUUGGUAUUUGUUUACAAUACAGCAAACCUAAAACUAGCAUGAACAAGCUAAAAUACAUCCUAGAUUUGGACAAAACAGGAUCUAGUACCUGUCUGCACUUCCUAAAUGCUGAGUGAGUUUCUGCUCACGUAUCAAUGGAACAACUGUACAUUUAAGUCUAUUUUGAUUACAGAAUCUGUUUGCACACAGUAAACUAAAGCAGUAAGUAUAGUACAAUUAUCUUUAAAUUUAAGGAUUAUGUGCUUCCCUUUUCAGAACUUCUGAAGCAUUUGGCAUCUCUGUUUUGUAGCCUGGUAAAUACUGUUUUGUUGUUGUUGUUGUUUUUUCCUUUGUUUGUUUCAUUUUUGUCUAAUCCUGAACAUAUUUGAAGUUGUAUUUAAAAAUUGUGUUCUAACUUUGUCCAAUGUGUGGAAUGAAUUUUUUUACAUUCAUAGAUUUAUUCCUUUCAGAAAGACUUUAGGUCCUUUAUGAACCUGCAGUUAUAUACUGUAAAUAUGGUCAUUUUAAAUACAAAUUGAUUGUCUUCCUGAGAAAGUAAACCAAGCUGAGAAUAAUGUGAUAAUUAAAACACAUUACAUACUAGAAACUUACAAGCAAUGGUGUGUACAUCCGUUAUUUUCUUCUGGUAACUUCAUCUCUCUUUUAAUUGAUAUUUAUUAUCUGUAUGAUGCCUUUAGACUAUGUGAUGCUGUCUUAUAGCUGACAAAAUGAUGUAGAUUCUGAAGACUAAAUACGUGAAUGUCCAAAAGUAAGUCCUCAUCGCUUUUGAGAGUUGUCAAUUGCUGUGACUUUAUUUUAUGCUAUUUUAUUUUUAAUUUACUAUUAGUGCACUCUUCUGUACCAUCCAAAUUCUUUCUGUGUUUCUAUUUCCAGAAAAUAAAAUGUUCUGGGACAACAUGAAGUAUUUCUUCUUAAAAUUUGUUGAGUUUUUGGAAGUUUUGACAUGAUAAACCAGUCUGAAAAAGUGCAUAAAUACGCCCAAUAGAUGUAGAAUAUGCCGAAGGGGUCCUCUGUUGUAGUAAAACAAUAAUGACACUGUAAUUAGAAAGGUAAACAGCUUGCUUGCAUAUUUUUUUUAAUCCAUAAAAUUGCAUCUUUUUUACUGCAAAGGACCAAUUAAGUCAUGCAUGUAGCUGUAUUCUUGUGACAUAAACUGUAAAGAUUACAUUGUGUUUAAAUGAAAAUAACAGGCACACAUUUAAAAAGGAGACAAAGAUAUGUAAAUAUAUUUGAUUAAUAAAACAUUUCUAUUACCCUA